AUGCCCGCCAUGUGGAUCGAUGCGGCCAAGGAGGGUGUACAUAACGCGGCGGAUGCCCUGAGAGAUGUCGCUCCACAGACGACAAACAUGCCUUCUCUCAGAACUCUCAGCAAGCUUGCUUUUGGUGGCGCCCAAGUGCUGCUUGGUGGACAGGGUGUUCGCGGUACCUUCACGCAACAGUGCGAUGCGCCGCAGUUGAGCUGCCACAACACGACCGUGGUAGAGAAUUUGUGCUGCUUCAAUGCGCCGGGCGGUCAGAUUCUGCAGACGCAGUUCUGGGAUACAAACCCACCAACUGGACCGGAUGAUAGCUGGACGCUCCAUCCCCUUUCAUCGCCCGAUCGAUGCGAUGGCACAUACGACGCAAACUGCGACCCGUCUCGCGCCUACACCAACAUCUCCGCGAUCCUGACCUCCUUCGGCGCGAACGACCUCCUCUCAUAUAUGUCCACAUAUUGGAAAGACUACCAAGGCAACGACGAGUCCUUCUGGUACCACGAGUGGGCCAAGCACGGCACCUGCAUCAGCACUCUCGAACCCAACUGCUACAACGACCACAAACCCACCGAAGAAGUCGUCGACUACUUCCAGAAAGCUGUGGACUUGUACAAAGGACUCCCAUCCUACCAAUGGCUCAAAGCCGCCGGCAUCGAGCCCAGCACGAGCAAAACAUACACCUUCUCCGCCAUCCAGGCCGCGCUCGCCGUAAACCGUCCCGGCGUCGAAGUCACCCUCGGCUGCAAAUCCGGCGCCCUGAAUGAAAUCUGGUACCACUACGAUGUGCGCGGCCCCCUGCAGACUGGCGAAUUCGUCCCCUCGGACCCCGACGGCACCAAGUCUACCUGCCCGCAGACCGGCAUCAAAUACCUGCCCAAGAACGGCGGUGGCACGAAGCCUACCACAACAGCUACCUCCGGCGCUCCGCAGCCUACAUCUACCUCCCCGCCCGGCACGCCCUUCAGCGGCAAAGGCUUCCUCAAUGUCGUGAUCAACGGCGCGAAGCAGGGCUGCAUCAUCGGCAAGGGCACGUGGUACACGACCGGCACCUGCGCGACCUUCACCGCCACGAGUGUAGAUAACGGGUUCACGCUUACUUCGUCAAAGGGCAAGUGCGGUAUUGUUGCUGGCGCGCUGAGCUGUGAUGGUAGCGUCACUUCUGGCACGGGAUUCACAAGCGCGGAUGGCAAUCUAGCGGUCGGCGGGAAUCAGAAUUGGAGCGCGGAUAAUGUGGCCAAGGGGAGUACGCAGGAGACGGUGUAUGCUGGAGGAGAUCAUAAGCAGACGUUUGGGAUUACGUGGCAGAGCGUUUGA